CAGGGCCGGGAGGCGGAAGUGUGAGGGGCUGGGGUUCUGCCGUCUGGUUACCGUCUUGGAGUGCUUGAUGCGGCAGAAGCGGGAGUUGGGGUCGCGGGGGAAGCUUCCGCCAGGAUCCGGGCCUGGGUGCGGCUGACGUGCCCCUGUGUGUGUGUCUAGGGAGACAUGGAAUACUGUCUGGCGGCCGCGGUGCUGAACGCGUUGGACCGGCGCUCGCUGCAGCGCUCGGCUCGUCUGGGGCGGGAAGUGCUGGAGCGCGCCAAGAGGAGGGCAGUGAAAUGGCAUUCUCCGGAGCGAUCCAGAGGCAGCGUCGGGGUCCUUUACCCCCAGGGUCCCUACCAGGAACGAUGGUCUGUCUCCGACCUCCAGCGCCUCCUAGGAGAGAGAGAAGAAAGGUGUCCAACCCUUAGUGCUUCCUUCAGAACAAUGGCUGAAUUCAUGGACUACGCUUCAAGUCAGUGUGGGAAAUACUACUCAUCUAUGCCAGAGGAAGGAGGGGCAACCCAUGUCUACCGUUACCACAGAAGGAAGCCUCCAGAGAUGCGUGUGUGCUCAGACACAGGGUACAGCCAACAGCAAAUUGACAACGUCUCUAAGGACCUCUACAUAGAAGUGUACCCAGGGACCUAUUCUGUCACCGUGGGCUCAAACUCCGUCACCAAGAAGACUCACGUGGUUGCAGUUGACCCAGGACAAAGUGUGGACUUGGUCUUUCCCAUAUGACGUUGAUCAUUUUACUCUUUUUAAGUAGCAAGAAGAAUAAAACCACCUUAUAAUUGUCUUAAUAAUGAUACAUCAAUCCUGGUUUUAAUGAACUGGAGUCUGUCUCUUUCAAGAUCAUUUUAAAUUGAAAUUGUAAAAGUCCCCCGUCCUUGUGUGCCUGAAAACAAUAAUGUAACGGUGCUGUCUGAACAGCUGCUUUUAUUACUAGCUUUCUAAGAAAGUGUUAACUAUGAUAAUAAAGGGAGAGAUUUGGAAAUAAAAAGAAUUCAUUUUAUUGGUAUUAAAAAGAAAGAAACACAGUGUUCACCAUCUACAUUUGUAGGCUUUACGAGAAGACAGUGGAGAUGAGAUGCAUUUGCCCAAAGAAGUGGGCACAGCCUGUCCCUUCUGUGAAUAGGCAUCCUAAGCAGUUCAUCAAGCCACUGCCAGGGAGCUCCAGUGCAAGACCACAGUCUCCUGUGCCCCUCACAACAGGUUCUUGCGAAUGCUGCUAACCUACAGGAGAUCUCAAGGAAGCAGUUGGUAUUAGACACUUGCCUGUCCCUGCUCAGCCUUCUUCUGUAGAAGGUUCUGUCAGCUGCUUCUUAUAACCCCUUUUCAAGUGUUGACUUUAUUAUCCUUUAACUUCCUGUAAGAGAACAAUCUUAAAUCGUAUAUGCUGGUUGUAAUUUUUAAAAUUUUUGUUUUGUUUCUGUUUUCUUUUUUAAGAUGAGACAGAAUCUCACUCUGUAGAUGAGCCUGUGUCACCUAGGUUGACUUCAGACUUGAAACAAUCUUCCAGCCUCAGCUUCCCAAAUCUUGGUAUUUAUAGGUAUGAGCCACAAUGUCUAGCUUGCUUCUUAAGAUUUUUUUAUGUGCGCAAGUAUUUUGCCUAAAUGUAUGUAUGUGUACCACGUGUGUACUUGGUACCUAUGAAGGCCAGAAGAUGGUUGUGAAUUGCCGUGUGAGUGCUGGAACCAAACUGGGUCUUCUGCUGGAGCAACAAAUGCUCUUAACCAACAAGUCAUCUCCAGCCCCAGUUUUUUAAACUGUGUAUGUGGACUUGUGCACCUGUGAGUUUAGGUACCCUCAGAAUCCUGAAGGGGAUCUGAUCCUGUGGAGCUGGAGUUACAGGUGGUUGUGAACUGUCUGAGUUGGGUGCUGGGAACAUGUUACUGCACAUAUUCCUGGAAGCCUGGGAUGGACUUUGUGAGUAAGCCUUCUGACUUAUUCAAGACAGUGCAUAUGUGUGGUUUUCUGGAAAGGAGCCAUUGUUUCACAAUCCUCAAACAGAAUAUGACCCCAGAAAGAACUACUUAAGGAGUUCCUCCAGUGCCCUGCCCGGACAUUCUGCUUUACCCAGAUGCCCAGGGCUUUUCUUCGAAGGGAAUUGUUCCUCUGGUUGUCCCAAUGCCUUGACUUUGUUGUCUGUGUUCAGCUUCUGGUUGAGUCUGCAUCACGGUUUCAUGUUGGUGGCUUUCAGAGCUAGCUCCUGGGUAGUCCGCACUACUGAAGUUUGCAAUCUGUCCUGUUGGUUGUCCUUGGCUUUUUUCUUGUUGUGGCAAUGUCUUGUUCCUAAACCAAGAUUAGUGAGUGGGGCUGGUGCUGGAGACAACAGUGGGUAACAGCUUUUCUUCUCUUUCUAGCUUAGUAUCCACAUAAGGGAAAGCAUAAAGCCGUGUGUGGAGGACAGAGGACCCACAUAAUCAGAGGACUUCUGGAACUUGACAGACUGAUAGCAAGUACUGUCUGAUGGGAGUGUUGGUGUUUAGUACUGAUUAAAUACCAAUUGUAUUUAGAAGCCAGACAUUACAUUUCCUUACAAGGAUGCAAACCUGGAAAGGAAAAGCUCUCUCACCUACUGUUGUCUCUAGCCCUGGCUAACACAUGGCCUUAUGCACAUCAGUCAUGUCAGCCACUUGACUAUGACAGGCAGUACCACAUCUGCAUGGUGGCUCUCACCUAUGAUCCUAGAACACGGCUAGUGUGGGCUACAGAACCAGACCCUGUCAAAGCUGCAGAGAACAAAAACAGCAGCGGAUGGGACUUCUUGGGAAUAGAGCUAAAAAGGAAGAAAUAUCUGGGGAUGGUCCUUUCCCCAGCCCCCACCCCCACCUCUGUCUAGAACAUUCUCUAUGUAGAUUUAGGAUAUUCCUGAUGAUACUCAGUGGGUCAGCUCCAGAAAUUAAUUUUUUCCUGUACUGCAACAAAACACCAAAGAUCCAAAAGAUACAUUUUUCUUCUUUAUAAUUAAUUAUUAGAAUUAUUUUCCUUUUUUUUUUUAAGAUUCAUUUUUAGCCUGGCAGUGGUGAUACACACCUUUAAUUCCAGCACUUGGGAGGUAGAAGCAGAUGGCUCUCUGAGUUUGAGAACAGCCUGGUCUACAUUGUGAGUUCCAGGGUAGCCAGGGCUAUACCAAGAGACCCUGUCUUGAAAAACAAAACAAAUAAAUCAUUUUUAUUCAUGUA